CCUAGGUGCAUCUUGGAACAAUUGUGCGCCGCGAGCCGGCGGCCGAGCAUUUCUUCUUUAGCGCGGACAUCGACAGUUUGGGAUGGCCAAGUAUCAGUCGCUGGCAGUCUCGGACAAGGCGUCGAUACAGCACCAUCGACACCCCGCCGACACGGCGAACGUGUUCUCGAAGCUCUUUUACACGUGGGCGACACCGUUGCUGCGACUCGGCAACGAACGGCAGUUGGACCCGUCCGACAUUUGGUCGCUGCAAGAAGAGAACCAAUGCAGCCACGUGAACAAACAGUUCGAGCCCAAGUUCCGCACGUCGAGGUCGCUCAUGUGGUCCAUCGCGGCCACACACGGGUGGCGCUUUGCCGUCGUCGGCGCCAUGCAAGUGUCGACGGUGUGCUGCACAUUGUACGGCCCGGUCGUGCUCAAAGAGAUCUUGUCCGCGAUUGAGUCGCACGAGUUUGACUUGCCGUCCAUCUUGAAGUUGAUCGCGUCUCUCUGUCUGGUCAAUGUGUUCCAGGCGCUUGUGUCGUCGCACGCCAACUUGCAAAACCAGCUCGUGGCCGUCCAAAUCACGUCGGCGCUCCAGUACCUCCUCUUCCAAAAGUCGCUCGCGUUGAGCACGACGAGCCGUCGGGACAAGACUGCCGGCGAAAUCGCCAACCUCUUCUCGAACGACAUCACGUGGAUCAUGAACUUUGCCUUGUUUGCGAACCAGCUAUGGCUCGUGCCCAUCCAAAUCGUCGCCACCAUCUACAUGUUGUACGCUGUCAUCGGGUGGGCGACGUUUGUGGGGAUGGCCGUUGUACUCGUCACGCUGUUUGGGAACCAGCUUCUUGGCAAGUACCAGCAUGCGGCGUUCGAGGAGCUCAUGGCGAACAAGGACAUUCGAAUGAAGUCGAUCCACGAAGUGUUUGGAGCGAUGCAAAUCCUCAAGCUAAACGCAUGGGAAGAGAAGUUUGGCGACAAGAUUGCCCAUGAGCGCAACGCCGAGCUCGAGUCGUUGUGGAAGGUGUUUGUGUUUGCUGGCGUGAGCACCACGACAACGUAUCUCGGGCCGGUAGUUGUCACGGUUGGCGCCUUUGUCACGUACGCGCUUGCGAUGCACGAAAUGCUGACGGCGACCAAAGUCUUUACGGCGCUGACGCUGUUCAACCUGCUCAAGUUCCCCAUGAGCAACCUCCCGUACAUCGUGACCAACCUCAUGCAAGCCCUUGUCGCUGUCAAGCGCAUGAUGGAAUUCCUCGACUUGGACGAGAAGAACCCGACGGUGGUAUGGACGCCCGCGACCGCACCGGCGGCAAAUGUAGAGCGCUAUGCCGAAGACAACCUCGACAUUGUCGUCGAAAACGCCAAUCUGGGCUGGGAUGCUGCCAAGCCGCUCUUCACGGACGUCAACUUGACCGUGAAGCGAGGCCAGCUCGUUGUCGUCCAUGGCGCGGUCGGCGAAGGCAAGUCGUCGCUGUGUGCGGCGCUGCUCGGCGAGCUAGACAAAUUCAAAGGGUCCAUCUUUGUGGGCGGCCGCGUCGCGUACUUUUCGCAGCAAGCGUGGAUCCAAAACAUGACGAUUCGGGAAAACAUUUUGUUUGGAAAGCCGUACGACCGCGUCAAGUACGCCAACGUGUUGGAAGCGUGCUACGACCGGCGCGACUCGGACAAGCUGUCGGACGAGCCGUCGGUGGUUCUGGCGCCCUCAAGCGACGUGCUGGUAGCUCCUUUGACCCCCGUUCCAUCCCCGCUGAAAGGACGUCCAUUCACUCCGUUGGCAGAAUCGGCUGCGUCCACGUUCGAAGAAGACAUGCCGUCUGGUCGCCUGGUACUGGAGGAAGCCCGAUCGAAAGGGCACGUGUCAGCCUCGGUGUACUGGACGUACUUGGAGGCCAUGGGGGGCUGGCCGGUGUUUCUGUACUGGUUGGUGGUGUUGGCACUGUGGCAAGGGCUCUCCGUCGCGGGGGACUUGUGGUUGAGUGCGUGGAGCAGCUCGGCGGCUACAACCAACCCGGACGAGUUCCAGGCCAACACCCCCUUCAACCUGACCAUGUACGCAUCGUUGGCCAUGGUCGGUGCCCUCAUGACCAUCUUUCGGACGCUGUCCGUGUACGGCUCGGGGCUGCGCGCGUCCCGUCGGUUGUUUGAAACCAUGACGCAAGCAUUGCUGCGCGCGCCCAUGUCAUUCUUCGACACAACGCCCCUUGGCCGCAUCCUGAAUCGGUACUCGAACGACUUGAACACUGUCGACACGACCAUUCCGUUUUGCCUGUCGGGGCUCCUCGGCGCCAUCACAAAUGCCGUUUUUGCGCUCGGGACCACGUUCUGGAUGAUCCAGUACCUGGGCCUCGUUGCGCUGCCGCUCCUGUACGCGUACGUGGCGAUCGGGAGAUAUUAUAUUCAACCGGCGCGCGAAAUGGAGCGCGUCAACAAAACCACCAAGUCGCCGCUUCUUACACUGAUCUCGGAAGAUAUUGAAGGCGGCGUCGUGAUUCGGGCCUUUGGCGCGAACCAAGUGCGCCGGUUCCAGCGCAUGCACUGCACCAACGUCGACAAAAACAACGAAGCAACGUACGCCGCCCAAAUCGUCACCCAAUGGUUCUCGCUGCGCAUGCAGCUCACGAGCGCCGUGAUGCUGUUCCUCAUUGCAACGUCCCUCGUCGUCAUGCGCGAGCAACUCAACGCGGGCUUGAUCGGCCUCGCCCUCAACUACACUUUCACCCUCCUCAGCUACUUUGAAUGGUGUAUCUCGGUCAUCUCGCAGCUCGAGACGGCCAUGGUCGGUCCCGAGCGCAUGGCAGAAUACACGAAUGUGGCGCCGGAACCGCCCCGCGUGAUUGCUGGCGCGGUUGCCAAAGACUGGCCGACGAAAGGCGACAUCGCGUUCGACAAGAUGGCAUUCCGGUACAAGGACAACGACCCGCUCGUCCUCAAGGACGUGAGUGUGCACAUCGAGUCGGGCGAAAAGGUCGGGAUCGUCGGUCGCACGGGCGCCGGCAAGUCGAGCUUGACCAUGGCCCUCUUCCGCAUCAACGACCUGGCGGCCGGCAGCAUCAAGAUCGACGGCGUCGACAUUGCGCGCGUCGGCGUCAAGACGCUGCGCAGCAGCAUCGCCAUCAUCCCGCAGACCCCCGUGCUGUUCAAGGGGACGCUGCGCAACUACCUGGACCCGUUCGGCGAGUACUCGGACGCGAAUCUGUGGGGGUGUUUGCAAAAGGUGCGUCUGGCGGACCGCAUCGCGGGCGUCGACGGCAAGCUGGACAGUCCCGUGGAAGAGAACGGCGAGAACUUUAGCGUGGGCGAGCGGCAGAUGCUGUGCAUGGCGCGGGCGCUGCUGCGGCAGGCGCGCAUCGUCGUCAUGGACGAAGCCACGGCCGCCAUCGACCAUGAGACGGACCAGAACCUGCAGCGCGUGAUCCGCACCGAGUUUGCGUCGUCGACGGUGCUCACGAUCGCGCAUCGUCUCGACACGGUCUUGGACGCGGACCGCAUCCUCGUGUUUGACCAGGGGCGGUUGGUGCAGUGCGACUCGCCGGCCGCGUUGGUCGGGGCGGGCGCCGGCAUCUUUUUUGAGUUGUGCCAAGAGGGCGGGUACUUGGACAAGGUCGCCCAGCACGUAGAGUAAAUAGGACGGUAGUUGGAAGCGGUGGAUCUUGAAUUCCUUUUGGCUUUUCCUACCAGCGAGUUGUGUGCGAUGUUGGAGCGUAAACUGCGAGGUCCAUGAAAGCAAAUGGGCUGGCCAGUGCAGG